GCCGAGCCGGGCCGGGCGGACCGGGAGGAGGAGCCGGGCGGGCUGGCGGGCGGCCGGGCGGCGGCAUGGCGGAGCCGAGCGGGGCCGAGACGAGGCCCCAGAUUCGGGUCACCGUCAAGACCCCCAAGGACAAGGAGGAGAUCGUGAUCUGCGAUCGAGCCUCGGUUAAGGAGUUCAAGGAGGAAAUCUCCCGGAGGUUUAAGGCUCAGCAGGAUCAGCUGGUCCUGAUCUUCGCAGGCAAGAUCCUCAAGGAUGGAGACACGCUGAACCAGCAUGGGAUCAAGGAUGGGCUCACGGUCCAUCUAGUCAUCAAGACCCCUCAGAAGGCUCAAGAUCCAGUGGCCGCUACUGCUUCUCCCCCAUCCACUCCUGACUCUGCCUCUGCACCCUCCACCACACCUGCCUCACCCGCUGCCCCUGCCCAGCCCUGCGGCUCUGGCAGUGCCACUUCAGAUGCUGGCAGUGGAGGGGGACCCUCUCCAGUGGCUGCAGAGGGGCCCCCAAGUGCUACUGCGUCAAUUCUCUCUGGCUUCGGGGGCAUCCUUGGCCUAGGCAGCCUGGGCCUGGGUUCUGCCAACUUCAUGGAGCUGCAGCAGCAGAUGCAGAGACAGCUCAUGUCCAACCCUGAGAUGCUGUCACAGAUCAUGGAGAACCCCUUGGUCCAGGAUAUGAUGUCAAACCCUGACCUGAUGCGCCACAUGAUCAUGGCUAACCCCCAGAUGCAGCAGCUGAUGGAGAGGAACCCCGAGAUCAGCCACAUGCUCAACAACCCGGAGCUCAUGAGGCAGACAAUGGAGCUUGCUCGGAACCCAGCCAUGAUGCAAGAAAUGAUGCGGAACCAGGACCGGGCCCUCAGCAACUUGGAAAGUGUCCCUGGAGGGUAUAAUGCUCUCCGCCGCAUGUACACUGACAUCCAGGAGCCCAUGUUCACUGCUGCCCGGGAACAGUUUGGCAACAAUCCCUUCUCUUCCCUGGCCGGGAACUCCGACAGCUCAUCCUCCCAGCCUCUUCGGACUGAGAAUCGAGAGCCCCUCCCUAACCCCUGGAGCCCCUCGCCCCCCACCUCCCAGGCCCCCGGGUCCGGUGGGGAGGGCACCGGAGGAUCGGGGACCAGCCAGGUGCACCCGACAGUCUCGAACCCCUUUGGGAUCAAUGCGGCUAGCCUGGGGUCAGGGAUGUUCAACAGCCCAGAAAUGCAGGCGCUCCUCCAGCAAAUCUCUGAAAACCCCCAGCUGAUGCAGAAUGUGAUCUCGGCCCCUUACAUGCGCAGCAUGAUGCAGACGCUCGCCCAGAACCCUGACUUCGCUGCUCAGAUGAUGGUGAAUGUGCCGCUGUUUGCGGGAAAUCCACAACUUCAGGAGCAGCUCCGUCUGCAGCUCCCCGUGUUUCUGCAGCAGAUGCAGAACCCAGAGUCUCUGUCCAUCCUCACCAAUCCCCGGGCCAUGCAGGCCCUGCUGCAGAUCCAACAGGGCCUGCAGACCCUACAGACUGAAGCCCCUGGGCUGGUACCCAGCCUUGGCUCCUUUGGGACAUCCCGGACCCCUGUACCCCUGGCAGGCAGCAACUCUGGGUCUGCAGCCGAGGCCCCCACCUCCUCCCCAGGCAUACCAGCCACGUCUCCAACCACAGCGGGUUCCAGUGCCCAGCAACAACUCAUGCAGCAGAUGAUCCAGCUUUUGGCCGGAAGUGGAAACUCACAGGUGCCGAUGCCGGAAGUGAGAUUUCAGCAGCAGCUGGAGCAGCUCAACUCCAUGGGCUUUGUCAACCGUGAGGCCAACCUCCAGGCCCUGAUUGCCACAGGAGGGGACAUCAACGCGGCUAUCGAGAGACUCCUGGGGUCCCAGCUCUCCUGAUCGCGUGGCCCGUGCCUCCUGCCCUCCCCACCUCUCAGCGCCAGCCUCUGGCUCCUCUGUCCAGCCCUACCUUCUGUAGCCCUGUCUUCUUUGACCUCCACCAACAGCAGGGUGACUCCGGAGGAUGGGCCCAACCGUAGCUCUGUCCAAGGAUUUUGAUUUUGUUGCUGUUUUAUGAAAUCUUCUCUCCUGGUCCUCUGAGCAGAGCUCUUUAGUUUGACACAGUUGUGUCAGUUGGGCCCACCUCCUUGCCCACAAGUCCGUUGGCAAUGUUCAGCCUUCUCCCAGGGUCUGAGAGGAGGACCCCCGUCUGGCUUACCGGAAGUCUUCCAUCGGUACCACUAGGGUUUAGCUUGCCUUACAUUCACUCUUACUCUCUUCCUUCCCCUCCCUCAGCCCAACCAGUGUUUGAAUUUCACUCUCUGGAGAGGAACUGAUGAAAUGCUGUAGUUUUCUUUCUCUGCCCCAUUCUGCAAAUUCAUCCAGCAUUUUCUCAUGGGCCCUUUGGGACUCUAAGAAAGAUACCUGUCCUCUUGCCCAAAGAGAGCCAUGCGCAGGCAGUCUGGGCAGGAUUACCAAGAACAGACAAGACCAGCAGAGGCUGGUGCUGAAGAGCAAGAGCUGAGAGUUCCUGGAAGCAGGGACUGGAGGAGACAGCCUGAGCUGAAGGCUCAGAAGGCGAAUUGACAGUUGGGUCUAGAAAAACCAAUAGAUUUCAGGUUGGAGAACCCAGGCCCGGGCCUGACAGAAGAAAGAUUGGUGGAAUUUUGAAGAAAGGAGCUUAACAAAUCUGAGCAGUGUGACCCACAAGGAAUCAGGUUUCCAUGGUCUCCAACGUGUGUGGCGUGCGCAC